AAAUUUGUAAAUAAAAUUGAAAAAAUGGCGAUUAUAAAAUUGCAAAGUAACAACGGAAUAGAGUUUGAAGUUGAUGUGGAAAUACUCAAGUGUUCAACAACAAAUAAAACAAUGUUAGAAAACCUUGGAGAAAAUGAAAGCGAUGAUGAAGUGCCGAUUCCUUUGCUAAUUAUUAAUUCUGUAAUUUUGGAAAAAAUAAUCCAGUGGGCUAUUCAUCAUAUAAAUGAUCUGCCGUUCGAUGAGGAAAAUAAUGAAGGUGAUUUACUAAAAAUGGACGACAUGUGUGAUUGGGACGCUGAAUUUUUCAAGAUGGAACAAGGAAUGCUCUUAGAUCUUAUUGAGGCUACAAACUACCUCGACAUUAAGCCCAUGAUGGAAACUAUUUGCAAAACUAUCGCUCAUAAGAUGAAAAAGAAGACUACAAAGGAAUUGAGGAACGCAUUUGGUGUCGAGAAUGAUUUUACUCCGGAAGAAGAAGAAAAACUUCGUAAAUUUGGAAAAUGAAUUUUGGGAAGAAAUGUAUUAAUUAUGUUUUGUGGAAUUAUUUAAAAAAAUUUUCUGGUUUAUUGUUAU